CUUCCAAACAACGGCGACCCUUCACGUCCCCACCACCCCAACGCAGCUUUCUCUCCACAGCCCAAACUGCACAACUCCGACCACUCUCAACAGCCCACACCACGCAACUACCCCUAUGCUUCUCAUCCCAACUCUGCCGAACGCCUCUCCGCUCGCCUUCCCGUACACCCCUGUCUACCCAACUCUCCCUCUCUUCGAUUCCUCUGUCUCCGCAUCCAACCCUUCCACCUCCACCACUAAUUCCAGCUUCUUCUCAACCAGAACCCCUCCUUUCCUCCAGACCCCUCCUCGAUUCAAGCGGCUUCACCGUCAACUCGACUGCGAGAAUGGCAACAACAAUAGCUUUAAUUUUUGGCAAUACCACCGCCACCACACUAACGAGUACCAGAAUUUGGGCGAGUCCAGUGGUGGAAGCGGAUUGUUAGAGGAUUUGUUGGAGGAGGCUCAGGCAAUGGCAGGCAGCAGCGAUGGUUUUGGGAGGCAGACUUGCUUCAGCUCGCAAGAGGAGAAGCAAGUCCUGGAUGGGUUCAGCCCUUGGGGAGAUUCAAGCUCUGACAAUGUUAUCCCUUCUCCCAUGCAAGUUCAUGAGUGGUACACCGGGGAUGGUAGGGAGGCCUCUAACGGGCAAUCUUUCGUAGUGACGGAUGAUAAUCUUGGGCCCGAUAUGCAUCAAUUAGCAUCUCUAUGUCCCAUGGACACCACAGCUGACCAUGGAAGGGUCCCUAGCUGGGACAACUUCCCUGGAAUUCGCUGACAUGCACAACUCAUGUAAACAGAAAAGGUGGAUGGGCUUUACAUUUUGUUCUGUCUUUGCUGAUAUAUAUGAUACUUUUUUGUAUUUGGUUUGAUUGUAUAUUCUGUAAUAAAGAUAAUAAAAUAAGAAUCCUGAU